AUAUCCGGUAGGUACUUGGUUUAGCGUGUAGGUACUCUAUGAGCUCAAUGUAGUCCCUGGGAGGCAUCCAUCUAUGAGGAUGAGAAACUAACUUCAACAUCUUAAUGGUCAUGGUUCCGAUGACUUUGAAUUGUCCAACCCCCAUCGAGCUGGCUGUUCGCUGCUCUGGCUACAGGACCUGCUCUUAGUGGUUAGAUGCGCUGACAAGCCCCUCAAUGGUCUCCUCUGGUCUCGCGCUUCGGCAGGGACUUAGACACUUCCAAUACCUUAUCUAUGCCCUACUUAUCUAUAGCUCUCCUCUCAUCUUGACCUCAAUGUUGGACUUUAUGUUAGAAUCUAGAAGAUAAGCAUGUCCUCCAGGACGUCCGCUCAUUGUAGACAGGCAUGCAGUGAUGAAUAGUUUUAGAGAUCUACUUUAUUUCUAUCGUUUUGUAACUUUUAUUUACUCUGUGUACAGUCGGGGACUACCCCAGCCCGAAUAGCCUCGGCGACAAUGGCUGCCCCGUCACCCACUGACGAGCGCUCCAGCGCCGAUGACAUCGCCCACAUCACCGAGCAAACGCCCUUCAUUUCAGAAGUGCCAACGGCCCAUGACUCCGUCGCCAACGAGCCUGGGCUGCGAGCGAAGAAGUCUCCUUUUACCUGGCUCGUUGGCCGAGUCCCGAGGGCUCGCAAGCCUAGUACGAUCCUUGCUAUCCUGUGUAUUUCCAUUUUCAUUGGAUCUGCGAGCGGCGGCUUCCAAAAUCUAGCCAUGACGAGAAUCUUCGAGGAUAUCCUGUGUCGCCAGUACUACGACCAGAUCCAUAGCGACAACGGGCCUAUCGAUGAAGAAUUGUGCAAGGUUGAUGCCAUUCAGUCCAAGCUGACUUACCUAUUCGCCAUCAUGAAUUCACUCAAUGCCGCCGUGAGCGUAGUAGCUGCUCUGCCCUGGGGUAUAGUCGCUGACGUAAUUGGCCGUCGUCCGGUGUUUGCGCUGGGUUUAACUGGCAUGGCCAUCUCCUUGCUCUGGAUCAUGGUCGUGGGAUGGUUCUCUCAGGCGCUCUCUCCCCGACUAGUCUGGAUAUCACCAGUAUUCUAUUUAAUGGGGGGUGGCAAUCCUGUAGUCGCCGCCACCCUCACCAGUAUGGCAACAGAUGUGGUGGAGGAAUCUCAGAGAUCCGUUAGCUUCAUGAGAAUCCAUGCCUCCAGCAUGAUCGGCAACUUGAUUUCUCCGGCACUGGCCUCAAUGUUUAUGACGGCGGUCGGUCCUUGGCCGCCAUUCCUUCUAUCAGUCAUACUAGUUUUACUUUCCGCCGCCAUCAUCUUUCUCGUACCAGAGAGCCUUAAGCACGACCCUAAAGGCGAUGUACUAGAUGGCAACAAGUUCAAGUCAAGCCUCACGAAAGCACUUGGCGAACUGAAGAAAUCGGCUAGCGCCUUCGCCUCCCUGUCAAUGAUCAUGGUUCUGCUCAUUACUAUGCUUCAGCUCUCGCUCGUGCUCAGUACUUAUCAGUUCCUCAGCCAGUUCGCUUCCAAGCGGUAUCACAUCCCCAUCGCAGACACGGGUUACAUCCAAAGCACCUACGGCGUUGGUUUCAUUGUCAUUUCCUUCUUCAUAAUGCCCUGGAUCACAUCCGCACUUGUAUACCCUGGAACCCCGGCUUUGCUUCGCUUCGAGGAUGACAAGCGACGCGACCUGUUCUUAGCUCGAGCGUCGUAUAUCGCAUCGAUGAUAGGAACCUUUAUCCUCGGAUUGUCCGGCUCCAUACCGGGUUUCAUCUUCGGACUUAUUAUCCUCGCGUUUGGCGUGUCAAGCGAGGGCUAUCUCAAAAGAAUCGCCACACUCUAUGUCACUGCUGAGCAACGAACCCGACUAUUUACAAUCCUAGGUCUCUCGGCCAUUGCAAGCGACCUUUGGCUUUCACCUGCACUUGCAGCAUUAUUCUCGCUCGGUAUGCGAUACGGCGGUGCCUGGAUCGGAUUACCUUAUUUUGGCAUAUCUGUUCUAUGUGUUGUGAUGUUUUGCGCGUCGCUGUUCAUUAAACUACCCUCAUAUUCUAGAGUCGAUGAGGAGUCGGACUUCAAUGAGAGACCAGACUCGGACGAAUGAUUUAGAAGACAUAUAUUUAGAAUAAAUCCUACGAUUAGAAGGGUGUUUAUAUUUAGAUUCGGACCUGUACCCAUCUACAUUUGAGAACUCUGAUGAAAUGCAAAAGUCAACGCUAAUGCCACUUUGGCACUAUCGCAAU